AUGUCGGGCGACGGCGCCCACGCAGAUCUGAAGCCAAUGAGCAUGUCGUCAUGCCUGUCCUCACCUGAGGCUGCUGUUGCAGGGCACGAUGCUUCUGCCGGCCCGAGUCAGCUGCAGGGCCUGGCCAAGUUGACAACGUCGAGCAUCCGAGCCGGAGAACCGUCGGCCUCGUCGCAUCCGGGGACAACGGAACCGACAUUCAAGCGUGUGCGAUCAGGAUCUUACGGUCAUACGUAUGAUAGAUCUCCGACCGUACCUUCUGCCGUCGCGGCGAGUGCCUCGUCGUCGCAAUGCUCGCCGGCGCCGUCGACGAUGGCUUCGAGUCAGCUGGCCCCCUUGUCCGCGGGUGGCAGUACGACGCGCAGGCAGGUGCAGUCGUGUGCAGAGUGCAAGCGGAGGAAGAUCAAAUGUGACAGGGUCUAUCCGUGUGCGCCCUGCCAGAUGCGCGGCGACGCCGAGUCGUGCGAGAAGCCAGAAACCAAUCCGGGAACCCCCUCGUACGUCGGUCGGCCGGGCGGGCAAGUCGUGCGGUCCGGAGUGGCCCCUCGGAGGCGGUUGCGCCGCUCGGACUGUUGAGGCUGGCCGACGACUGAACAAUUUCGAGUGGUAUCAAUCUCACAGGCCCAUAUAUGACUCUCUCUUCACAAGGAUGUCGUCUCUCGAGUCGACGGUGCGAGCCCUGCAGCACAAGAUCGCCCAGCUCGAAGAUCACGGCGCCCCGAGACCGCGCCCGGCUUCCUCAUCGGGCUCGACCAACUUGAAGCCUUCGGCGGUCACCGACACGGGUGCGGGGGUGGGGGCGAAUGCGGUUGCAUCGACUAGACGUCUCGCGACGUCCGCGAGUUCGUCGAGCGCUGCUCUCAGUUCCUCUACUCAUGCACCCAUCCGUCCCUCCACUGCAUCGACACCAACGAAUGACGCUGUCAACGCUCGGGGCGAAAGAGGACAGCCGCCGGAGGAAGAGGUGGCCCUCAUGCUCGAAGGUAAGCUCGGUGGGGAGUGUAAAGCUUGACAAUCUUGUCGAUGAGGCUCAACUUUUUCCUUCUGCCCAUAGAUAUCGCCAUGUCUUUUAAUGCCAACAAGAGCCGCCUGAGGCAGGCCAUGAAUCCUUUGCAUCAGGAUUCCGGAACUCUACGAUCGGCAUCCGUGCGCCACGAACGAGCUCGAAUGAUGAACCCGUUGAGCGUCAUUGGGGCGCAACGCAGCUGGAUGCUCGUCGAGACGUACUUUGGGCGGAUAGAGUGGUACACCAAGUCGCUUCAUGCCCCGUCCUUCAUUGUUGAGUGCAAGUCCAUUCUCCAUCUCGACCCCGAGGAAGCGCAUCGCACAACCAGGACAUCGUUCCUCUGCGUGCUGUACAUGGUCUUGUGCUGUUCACUGCAUCUCAUCGAGCCGUACGAGGCACAGGCACUCGGAUACUCGCUCGAAGACGCUUGGUUGCUGGCUGAGGACGUGUACCACUCUGGUCUAUCCAUGCUCAGCAACUCGGAUUGGCUGCGACACCCAUCGCUCGAGUAUCUACAAAGCAUCAUCGUUGCCGGGGUCUUCAUGUACAACACGAGUGCGGAAGCCGAUGUUCAUUGGGCUCUCCUCGGAUCCGCGAUCAAGUGCGCGACAAACCUGGGGCUGAGCCGCUUGGGAUGGGAGACGGACGGAAAGAAGUGGCCACCGGCCUGGAAGAGCUUCCGAAGGAGGGAGACGGGUCGAAGAAUAUGGUGGGGAUUAGUCGUCCUUGACUGGAGUCAUGCUCAGGCGCACAAUGGCACUUGUGAGUUCUUCUCCCCGGAGUGUUACUGCAGUUCUUCUCUGUGCUGACCCGACCCUAAAUCCUCGGUGCCAGAUUGUGUUCAUCCUUCCCAAAAUCACACGGCGCCACCCAGCAACGUUAACGACGCCGACAUGAACGAUGAUUACGUAUCGAGACCCCUGUCACAGUACACCGUAAGCCAGGUCUCGCCUACAAAGCUCCGAGAUGAGGUCGUUGAACACCAUCUGAUGUGCAUAGGAAUCGACGAUGACCAUCCUCAAGCUUCGAUUCGUCACUCUGUACCGCGAAUUCGUCGACCACCUCAACGUGAACCAACUUGCCGACUAUGAUUUUAUUGUCGAGUGAGUUCUCUCGCGAUAGGCUUCAAGUCAUGUGACUUUGGCUCAAAUACUUCGCCCAAUCGGCAGGAUGGACGGGCGGAUUUGCGACGUCAUUGCGGACUUUCCCGAAUACUUUUCCAGUCUAUCGCAUCCUUGGCAAAAGGAUCGACGAUGGCCGAACCUCGAAAAGGAGGCGCUACUGAUUCAGAUCACCGCUGCGAAUCGACAUCUCCGACUGCAUCGACCGUACUUGAUGCGGGGCUACCACGACAGCAAGUACCACGCCUCUACCGAAAGGUGUGUGUCGUCAGCUCGUUCGGUUCUCGUUCUGCUCCGGCAAGCAGGGGAGCGAUGCCCGGAGAUUUUCAGACUCUGGAUCGUCUCGCUGUACCAAUUCGUGGCGUCGAUUGUCUGCUUCAUCGACUUAAUCCACAAGCCCUCGAUCGAGAUGAGGGCCACGCUUCGCGAAUCUGUCGAACUCCUUAAAUUGGCUUCCUCGAAUUCGGCCGCUGCGAGGAUGGGCGUCAAGGUGCUGGAAGGGCUGCUGGCCGCCGAGCAAGACAUUACGUCCGUCCCGGGAAAAAGACCGCGUCUUGACCUUGAGGACGAGGAAAGCAACUCGCCGUUCCGUAACGUGGUGAAUCAUUUAUUGGUGAGUGGAUAGCUCUACUGUGACGAAUGAAUUCGGCUGACCUUCCUGCGCCACUUGGGCGGGCCUAAUCACAGCUCUCGGCGUCAUCGGAAGUGCUGCCCUACUCGUCGUCGGCUCCCAAGUCAGAGCCACACGUGCGUACGACGGCCGAAUCGAUGCCAGGCGUCGCGCCGUGGAAUAUCGAGUCAAGCAUCGCCGCGGCGCUCGCCUACGGCGAACUCGGGUUCGAACGCGGACUGUACGGGAUGGCAAGCGGAGUCCAUCCGGAAGAAUACGGGCAGCAGUACGCGUGGUCGCAAGCCCCGCCGCGCUCGGAGGAUGUACCUGCAGGUGUGUACAAUGGAGUUGGUCCGGCUGCGCGACCGGUGUAUCCCAUGGGUGACGGUUAUGGCCGACCGUGGCCGACGGAAGCGCCUCGGGAGUGA